AUGCGUGCAGCGAGUGCUCCUGCAGAGGAUAGCCUCGUGAUGGGCCUGAUCGAGGACCUCAACGGCCAUCUGCAAGAAGCGGUCCACCAGCUCUCCGCGGAGCUGACAACUGCCAGAAACGUGAUCAAUACCCAACAGGGCCUCAUUACUACUCUCAACGCUAGGCUAGAGAGCCUUGAAACCUACGUGAACGCGCUACAAAGCCGUCAAAUCCUACCACUCGACCCCUUCGCUGCAACGCGUGAGGUUGCCGCGCACGGGCCACCGCCAAGAGCUGCUUCCACGGGAGGUUUAGCGUCCACCCCAAUACAGCUAGAUGCCGCGCCUGAGAGCCGCGCGAUAAACUCAACCGCACCUCAGCCGCAGCCGCGAUAUCAGAAUCCAACAAAGGUUACGAAACAAGCCGUACAGCCACCUGAGGGCCCCAAAAAAGUACCUGUAACCGCCGCGAAGACCACUAAACAGCCCGAAACUACCGCUAAGCCACUGACCAAGCCCGCACCUACGAAAUGGGCCGCUAUUGCCGCAAAUAAUACCCAAUCUGGAGGAUGGAAAACCGUCCAGUAUAAGAAACAGGCCUCAGCACCCUCUAAGGCUCUAUCGAUAACUGACUUGAAGCCUGUGAGUACCCGGAGCAAGGAGGAAAGACGCCUCAUCUUCAGACGACGAUAUCCUAAAGAUGCUCCGACCGCAUUGAAAGCUGAUGUUCUCUUGGCCCUUAACCGUGCCCUUGCAAAGGCAGGUUUUCCUGACUUUGUAAGAGCAGUCGAUUCUGGAUACGCGGCCUCAGGGGCCUUAACAGUGCUCCUAGAGCGAGGCACUCGCAGCAGCACCCUCGUGCCCGUCUACAACGAUACUCUACUAGCCGCUGUAAGGCAAACAGAUCCAGCAGUUAUUUCCGUGGAGAUUAGCGAACAGUGGCACCGUGUUAAGGUACAGGCAGUGCCUGUGGACCGCUACAUGUAUAAUGACCAAGGCCUAGCACUAGCCCAAGAAGAGAUUGAGCUGGGAACACCAUAUAGGCUUAAACGAGAGCCAACGUGGCUCAAAAGAGCCAAGACUAUACAGGCUAGCAACCAGAGAUUUGCCACGAUUGUGAUCACAGUAGGUUCUUUGGAGGAAGCUCGAACACUGAUCAAUAAAGGCAUCAAGUUUGGAGGCCGACACCAUCGAGUAGCACCUUAUUGGGAGUCAAAUCCUGAGAGUAUCUGCCCUCGAUGCUGCGGAAUUGGCCACUCUGGCUUCAUGGCUUGUGGUGGCAGGUCUCCUAAAUGCGCGAUCUGCGCAGGUGAUCAUGAGGCAAUAGAGCACUCAUGUAUAGUAGUGGAUUGUGCACACGAGGCUACAUCUCCUAAGUGCCCUAAAGCUAGGGAGGCUCGUCAAAGGGCUAUCCGGAGAAUGAGGGAACAAUCCUUACAAGACCUCAUCCCAUUAGAUGAGACAUUCGCGGUAGUGCCUCCAAAACCAGUACUGACCACAGAGGAGAGACCUGGACAGUCUCUAGAGGAGGAGACGUCAACUCCAGAAGAAGAUGAAUUGCUGCCUGAGAUGCAAUUAGAGGCUGAUAUUCACGAGGGAAAUAGCCAACAACCACUAGAGCCAGAGCUCAAGUCAGCUACUGAAGCGCCUCAAAGUGAGAAUCUAUGA